AAUAAGGAAAAAUUGUAACAAAAAAAAUCUAUGAUAUUGCAAGGCAAGCAAAAUAAAUAAAGUUCAAUUCAUAAAACUUUAUCAAUAAUUUUACACUAAAAUAUUUGUAAAGUCUUAGCUAAAUGAAGCUAUUAAAACCCAGUUGGGUCAAUCACGAUGACAAACCGAUAUUUUCUGUGGAUAUACAUCCGACUGGAAAAUAUUUUGCGACCGGGGGACAAGGUGGAUACUCGGGCAGAGUAGUUGUGUGGAACUUGAACUCGGUGCUAUGUGAAUCCGUAGAAUUAGACCCAAAUGUUCCAAAAAUAAUUUGCCAAAUGGACAACCACCUAGCAUGUGUAAAUAGUGUCCGUUGGAGUAAUGGGGGUAAAUACCUGGCUUCUGGAGGAGAUGACAAAUUGAUUAUGGUGUGGGGUAUUAGUAUGGCCCCUGGAGCACCUGGAAAGCACAAAGCUGAAACCUGGAGGUGUUUGUCUACUUUAAGAGGACAUGCAGGUGAUGUCUUAGACCUAGCAUGGUCGCCGUUAGACAAAUGGCUGGCUAGCUGCAGCGUGGAUAAUACAAUCAUUAUAUGGAAUGCUGAGAAAUUUCCAGAAAUGGUGUCAGUAUUAAAUGGUCACACUGGCUUAGUCAAGGGUGUUACAUGGGAUCCUGUUGGCAAAUAUUUGGCAUCGCAAUCUGAUGACAAAACCCUGAGGCUAUGGAAGACUACUGAUUGGGCACAGGAGGCACUCAUCACAAAACCAUUUUAUGAAUGUGGGGGCACAACCCACGUUCUUCGUCUUUCCUGGUCUCCGGACGGCCAGUACGUCUUGUCAGCUCACGCGAUGAAUCGUGGCGGUCCCACUGCGAGGGUCGUGGAGCGAGAUGGCUGGAGAUGUGAUAAAGAUUUCGUGGGUCACAGAAAAGCUGUAACUUGUGCUCGCUUUAACAGCAACAUCUUCGUGAGGGAAGGCAAGAAGUGCUGUUGUGCCGCCGUCGGGUCCCGGGACCGCGCGCUCAGCAUCUGGCAGACGUCGCUGAAGAGGCCGCUGGUCGUCAUACACGACCUGUUCAGUGACAGCGUCCUGGAUAUAUCUUGGAGCUCCGAUGGGCUCAGCCUUUUAGCUUGUAGUUCGGAUGGAACGGUCGCUUGCCUACAGUUUACGAACAAAGAAAUCGGUACACCACUCACUCUGGAGGAAAAGAACGCAUUCUACGAGAAGAUCUAUGGUAAAGUUUUGGCGAACGAGUCCGGCGGCGAUCUCUCGUCGAACUUACUGGUAGAGUGCCCGGAGAUCCUGCUCGCCAGAGAGAAACAGGAAGCCAAGAAGGAAGCUGCGGCAGCUGCUAAGGAAGAUUCCACGCCGAAGAGCGAGAAAUCACAAAGCGCGCCACUGGCGAGGUCGUCGCCCGCGUCCCCCGGCCCGCCGCGCCCGCUGCGGCCCCUGGACCGACAGAUCGAGACGCGCACGUCCGACGGGAAGAGACGCAUCACGCCCGUCUUCAUACCGCACUCGCAGCUCGACGCCAAUGAAUCCCUCGGCUCUCAGCCCGGCGGCUCGGAGAACUGUUUCAGCACAUCCUCGCAAAGCAAGUCCAGGAUCCGGGUGGAAGUCCGGGACGAUAUCGUGAUACACCCGAACGUCAGCAACCACUCCAUGUCCGCGCUGCAGAACAACUCUAGGACCUCAGAUAACGGUCUAGACAGUCGGCUGCGCAAGCGCACGGCGUCGUCGCUGCCCGGGCCCCGCACCGACGAGCUGCUGCACAAGCGGCCGUGCCCCUCCCCCGCGCCCGCGCCCGCCGCCGCGCCGCUGCUGCCCGCGCCCGCGCUCGGCGUGGCCGGCCCCGUCGUCAGAGCUGCUGGGCCACUGAGGCUGCAGGUGGUGAACAAAGCCUGCAACACGCAUUUCGGCACCCUGUCCCGGCUGCAACUCAUACCCAACAACUCCGCCUCAAAUGAUCCCGUUUGGGAAACUUAUCUAGGCUCCCCGGUGUGCUGCAUCGCGUGCGACGCUCGCUGGGCGUGCGUGUCGUGCGCGGACGGCACGCUGCACGCGUGGCGCGUCUCGCGGUCGCACGCCGCGCGGGCCCUGCCGCCGCUCGCGCUGCCGGCGGCGGCGGCGCGCCUCACGCUGUGUGGGGACACGCUGGCGGCGGUGACGGUGACGGCGGAGCUGGCCAUCUGGGACCUGGCCGCCGCCGCCUGCCUCGUGCGACCGCUCUGCUUCAGAUCCUUGCUGACUCCUGGAGCUACGGUAACGAAUUGUUCUCUACUGGAGGACGGCAACCCUUUGAUCUCAUUAAGCAACGGGAAGACUUACAUAUACAGCCAGAAACUGUGCGCCUGGGUGGUGUGGACGAACACGUGCGACCCGGUGUGGCGAGCCAGCGCGGGCGUGGCGGCCACCCGGCCCCCCCGCGCCGCCCCCCUGCUGUACCCGCGGCCCCGCACCGCGCGCCCCGCCCCCUCGCGCAGCGCAUACAGCGCGGAGGCGGCCCGCAGCUGGCUGGAGGCGCAGGUGGCGUCGUGUCUGCACUUGCGGCUGUCCAAGGACUACAGGCACUGGCUCACCGCGCUGUUCGCCCACCUCGUGCACCACGGCUCGGAGGAGCAGCUGAGAACGAUACUAGACGACAUGCUGGGGCCGAGCCACUGCACCUCCGCGCCCAGCUGCUGGCAGGCGACCGUGCUGGGUAUAAACAAGCACGACAUGCUGGAGGAGAUGCUGUCGCAGCUGGUGCAGCAGCUCCGCUGGCAGCGCCUGUACUCGGAGUACGCGGAGCAGCUCGGCGCCGUGCGCGCCCCCGCCGCGCUCCCCAACGGUCACUGACCCCGCGCCGCCGCCGCCGCCGCCCACAGCGCAGGUAGGAACGCCGCGACUGGACAAAUAGAUAUCACUAGAUGAUGACCGCCAUCUUGUUGUGUCUUUAAAGCGGUUAGUUGCCCUCAAUUAAGAAAAAUAGUAUUAUUAUUCGCCAAUAGAUGUCGGGAAGAGUUGAUUAUUGAAAACACGAAUGAAACAACAUUUUCUGAAAAUAAAUCGUAGCUAGAUCGAUUUAUCGCCCCCGAAAAAUACCCUGUAUACUAAAUUUUAUGAAAAUCGUUGGAGCCGUUUCCGAGAUUCAGAUUAUAUAUAUACAAGAAUUGCUCGUUUAAAGGUAUAAGACUAUAGUAGAAUUAUUUAGUCCGUGCAGUUUGGGUCAUAAAUAAUCGGAGCGGUGAAGCGAAUAUUUCGCUCUCUCUUCCACUCACGAGCCUUAUGGACGGGCAUAGUGAUGCGCAUUAUUGUUUUCGAUAAGCGUUAUCGAUAGUGAUAGAUUUAGUUUUGUUAUUUUGUGGGCUAGUGAUAAAAAUGAAAGUAAAAAUCACCAAUCGAACACUUACACCACAUGUCGCCGCAGCAAGUUAACGAGAACGGCAGAAAUUUGUAACUCUUCGGAAUAUAUUUUCAUUUCAGUGAAAACUUAUCAACACAUUGUUGAUAAAAACACGUGCAAAUAUUAUUAUGAAUAAAUACAGCCGUUUUGGUACAAAACAAAGGAGUGGCCAUUGUAUCACUAAAGAAAUUCCGAGAGCGAAUGCACAAAAUCACAUUUCUCUUCGACAUAUGUACUAAAAUUUGCAGGUAGGUACAACAAAUGAGUCAUAGCAUAACAAUGUCUCACCACCCUUCGUAUGCCGCCCCGCCGCCGUGUACCUGCCUUCGAUGACUCAUUUGUUUUUAUCGAUAAUGGCGUUGCGCGCAAUAUACUCACCGCCCUAGCCGGGCUAUGUUUAAUGACCCAAACUGCACCGACAAAAUAAUUCUACUAUAGACAUGUGCGUACUCUUUGUACUUUAUAAAUUAAUGUAAGCUCGUUACGAAUUACUCAGUUUCGGUAUUAUUAGGAUCUCUCAAUGUUUGUUUUUUUACUUUUAAGUCUUACAUUUCAUACACUUUGGAUGACGGCAUUUUUUUUGCGAAUGCCAAAAUUCAAAUUGUAAGGGAUCAUACAAAAACUAUCAAUAUUUAAGAACAAUAUAGAUUUUUCAUUUAAGUAGCUAUAAAAAGAACAUUUUCCUUUGUAUAAAAAAAUUGUACCGGACAAAAUAAUUACAGUACAUUACAUGCUGAAAAAUAAUAGAUUUUUUUGUACUGCUUUGUAAAUUUUUUGUGAUUUUAUGUUCUUUAUCCUAAUUGAGACUAAAAUAUUUUAACAAGACCAUAAAUUAAAACAGUAACGCCAACUUGAAUAAUAAGAUACAUUCAAGGUGUAUUAGAAUUGUUCCUAAAAAUUUCAAUAUUUUUUUUGUUUUACUUAGCCGUCAAUGGAACACAAUUAAAAAUGAGAUGACACUCGGGGUCAACAGUCUCUUUACAUUACAUUGCGGGCAUAUCAACUCUCAAAGUAAAAAAUAUUUAUUUUAUAUCACAAUUAUUUUUCAUUACUUUUCCUUGUUGCACACGCUGAGUAGUACAUAUUGUUGGUAAUUUUAACUUUGCACUGUAUUCAUUUCUUGAUUGACUUCUAUGAAGAAAUCUAUUUUAAUAAUUUAUUUGCUGAUUAAACCACACUAAGUUUAUCUUGUUGUCUUCAAUACUCUGUAGAACUCUAGAACAAUUAAAUAAAUAUAAAUAAAUUUUAUCGGUUUAAUAUUGAGGUUUACGUUGUCAUUGUAUUCUUUCUGAUCUUUCGAAUACUUUAGUUUCCGCGGUGACGGACGACUUGCCGUUUAUGUAUAUAUAUAUGUAUUCUUCUUCCCAAUCGAGUCACUCUCGAUAGACUGGUCGUGAUCGUCUUGUAGUGUUCUUCCCUUGAUCGAGGGCAUUCUUCUAUCGUUAAUCUAUCCCACUGGAUAUAUAUCUAUUUAUGGAUUGGCGUGAUCCGUUCACAAUUAUUUCGCUACCGUCGUAAUUUCCUAUAAACAAUAUGUCUAUUAUAACAUUAGCAUUUCUUUUUAAACAAUAGUAAAACCGAAUUAAACCGUAAUAAUAGUUAUAAUUGUGUAUGUACAUAAUAAUAUGUCUUCGAUUCACGAAAACCGAAGAUAAUUAAUUAGGUGCUGUUCGUGAGUGGAAUAUUCUAGCAUCGCAUAAACUAUAUAUUUCUAACAGUUAGAAAUUAUUGUGAUCGUAAAAAUGAAUAACACUAAAGUGUAUUGGUUCGUGACCGCUCUGUGUCGUAACGUAAGUGUGCCAACUGUUGUAUUUCAUAAAUAAGUGUACAUUUAUUUUGCACGUAUUAAAGACUGUAUAUAAUGAAUAUGAAAUAAAUAAAAAAACUUUUUGAA